CUCUCCUCAUUUUAUCUGUUUUCUCUCUUCAAUGAUCAGUUUUCACUUAAUGUUGUUCAGGUUUUGGCUAGUUUCAAUGGCGUUAUUUUCACUCGUUUAUUUUGAGCCACCAAUCUAGGUUGGUCACCUUUAGUCACCUGUGGGGGAUGUUCUGCUGAAAAUGGAAAACAUUUUCUUUGUCUCUCUCUCUGCAUCUCAGAUGUUCAUUCAGGUUGCGAAGGAGGUUGGCGAGACCUGCAAUCUCCCCCAAAUUCAGCGCCUGGACCUGUUGGUGCGAGAUUGGCAGCUCUCCGGAGCCUACGGCGCAGACGAGGGGCAGGAGUAUCUCAAAGACAUCACACAGGACCUGGAGGUCACUGCUGGGCAGCCCCUGGCAUUGGGAGCCCUGAGGGCGAGCGGCACCCAGUGCUACCUACUGCCCCAUCCUGGCACUCGGUUCACCAGGAGCAGGGCAGGGACGCCAGGUGGUAAGAGACCUCUCUUCUUCCCUCUUGCCCCCUGCACUGCUCCCCCAGACCCCACCCCCUCCUGCACUGCCCCCACCCUCAAAUCCCAGUGA